CAAUGCAUUUCGUUUCCGGUUUUGUUGGGGUGUACACUGCAGAACAUAAAAUUAGGAUUUUAAAUGUUUUCCCUUUACUUUCGUGAUUGCAACCACUAAAUAUACGGAAGACAUGUGUUACUGUUUUGUAGUGACGAAGCUUUGAAAUGAUUCUUUUUAAUUUAAUAUGAAUUAGACACUAUUUAUAGACACUAGAUAAGUGAAAAAAUGGCAGGAACAGGUGGUGGAGAUGCCUGGAGGAUAUCAGGUGAAGAGAGAAUGAAGCAUGACUCUCAGUUCUUUCAACUCAAACCAGUUAAUGGAUUCAUCACAGGAGAACAAGCCAAGGGAUUUUUUAUGCAGUCUGGUCUACCAACACCUAUGUUAGGUCAGAUAUGGACCCUGGCUGACAUGAACAAUGAUGGAAAGAUGGACAAGAAAGAGUUUUCUAUAGCCAUGCAUCUUAUCAAGAAAAAAUUACAAGGAUUUGAGCUCCCAAAAGCAUUGCCACAAAGUCUGAAAGCUGAUCCCUCACCCAUGUCUGCUAGCAUGGCUGCUCCUAUGGGGAUGAGUAUGGUUACAGGAAUGCCUAUGAUGAGUGGUUUAGCACCAACCAACAUGGUGGCAAGUUCCAUGACGAUGCCCAUUAUGUCCAAUGGUGUAAAUCCACAGAUGGGCCACAUGGGUGCACAAACUAUGGGUAUGCAGGUUGGAUUUGAUGGAAAACCAAGGGCAGGUUCAUUUGGCCCACCUCAAGUGGCCCAAGUAUCUCAACAAGGAGGUCCACCAGCUGUAGGGUUUGCUAUUCCACACAAUUCCAAGCUGAGACACACACAGACAUUUAAUACUAAUGAUAGACACAAACGUGGACAUUUAACAGGUGUUGAAGCCAGAGCAUUGUUGGUACAGACAGGAUUACCACAGCCAAUAUUGGCUCAAAUAUGGAAUUUGGCUGAUUAUGAUAAAGAUGGAAAGCUUAGUUGUGAAGAGUUUUGUAUAGCUUUACAUUUGGCUGAUUUAGUCAAAGCCGGAGUAUCUUUACCAUCGAAACUUCCACCAGAACUUUACCCAGCUCAAGUCAGAACAGGAAGCUUUACUGGUACCCCACCACCUCAUCAACCAGCUGCUCCACAAAAGUCUGAUGCUUUUGGUGAUUUGUUAGGAGGAAUGGGAAUUUCCCCACCUGUAAUGCCACAACCCAAUGUUCCUGUUGAGAAUGUGGUGGAGGACCUACAACCAGUUACCUUUGAAGAUAAAAGGAAAUUAAACUUUGACAAGGGUCAGGCUGAGUUAGAACGUAGAAGGCAGAUGUUACAAGAUCAAAUGAGAGCAGAAAAUAAUGCCAGAUUAGAGAAGGAAAGACAAGAGCAGGAAAAAAGAGAAAGAAUCAGACAAGAACAAGAAAGAAAGAGAUUGAUGGAACUAGAAAGACAGUUGGAAAAACAAAGGUCAAUAGAAAGAGAGAAAGAACAACAAAGACAGAAAAUGUUAGAACAAAAAGAGGCUGCCAGAAGAGAAUCAGACAGACAAAGACAGAUGGAAUGGGAAAGACAGAGGAAAGAACAACUGUUAGCAGAGAAAGCAAGAGAAUAUGAACAACUUGGGGUAGCAAAGACAAAAUCCAGCAAUCUGAAAAAUGAAUUAGAUUCAUUGCGUGAGAAAAAGAAAGAAAUAGGACAAAAGAUUGGCCAAGUAAGAAAUGGCGUGACUGAUUUUACCUCCAGUAUAGAGAGCAUGAGAAUAACUAGAGACAAUAAAAAUGCUGAGAUAGAAAGAUUACAAAAUGAAAUUAUGACCUUGGAUCAGAAAUUUGCCAAAUUAAAACAAGAUCAAGAGUUUUUGAAUGUGAAAGUACAAACAACCAUUCAAAGUAAUCCUAUGGCUGAAACUUACAGAACUGUAUUACACAGCGUAGAACAGAAGAAAACAACAAUACAGAAACUAAAGAAAGAAUUAGAAACAUUAGAGAGAGAUACUGAGGCUAGACUACUGGAAAUAGAUAAUACAAAUACGGAAUUAAAGGUUCUGAAGAUCAAACUGGAAGAUAUACAGAAGGAGUUAUCUAAAGCUGACAGACAAAGACAAGAUAUGAGUAAUAAAAUAUAUGCUGAGACACAGAUACAGAAAAAGAGGGAAGAAGAAGAGCAACAGAAGAGGAAAGAAGAAGCAACAAGAAUUACAAAAUUGGCUGAGGCUGCCUCCAAACCAGAGAAGCCUGCCCAACCUGCUGGAACGAACCAGUCGUCCAUUAGCGGUGCUUGGACAGCUGAUUUCUGCAAUAACCAAACUACUGCCGAAUCAGGAGAUAAAUGGUCAGCUGCAUUCAGUGAAGCCAGUAUAUCUAGUGCUGGGUCAAAAGAUUUAUGGGGGAAUGCCUUCUCUAGUCAAAAACCAGACACUGCCAAGGAUACUAAGCCAAGGACAAAGGCCAAAGCCCUGUACCAGUUUGAUGCUAGAAAUCAUGAUGAACUCACCCUUAUACCUGGUGAUAUUAUCUUGUUAUUAGCAGACCAGACAGGAGCAGAACCAGGCUGGUUGGGUGGAGAGAAAGAUGGUAAAACUGGCUGGUUCCCAGAGGCUUACAUUGAACACAUAGAUUCUAGUCAACCAGUCACAGACUCAUUCAGUGGUGCUGUCGAUACUGAGGAAGAAUAUUCAACGCCGCAGUCUGUACGUGAAGUCAGAAUUACCUCCCCUACACCUGGACAGGGAGAGAAAGCCCCUGAUGGAUUACAGGCCCAAGCACUGUAUCCAUGGAAAGCUAAGAAGGACAAUCAUUUGACCUUCAACAAAGGUGAUGUCAUUGUGGUCAAAGAACAACAAGAUAUGUGGUGGUCAGGGGAACUUCAUGGACAGUUUGGUUGGUUCCCAAAGUCUUAUGUUAAACUGAUUGGAGGAAUAGCUACAAAUACAUCACAGUCAAACUCUAGAUCUGAAACUCCUGUAGUCAGUGUAACUGAACAGUCCAGAGGAACCCCACAACAAAUGGUGGCAGCUGCCGAAGAAAUUACAAGUCAGCCUCCAAUGAACACAGCAAGUCACCUUAACAUAGACAGUUCUCACUCAACGCCUACUCAUACUAUAGAUAGUGCUAGAUCUACUCCAUCUACCUUAGAACAACAAGAAGGAGAAUGUUAUGUGGCAGUUUACAGUUACCAGUCAUCAGAACCAGGUGAUCUGCACUUCAAUCAGAAUGAUGUUGUUAUGGUAACCAAGAUGGAUGGCGAUUGGUGGACGGGGUCAAUGGGGGAGAGGACAGGGAUUUUCCCACAAAAUUAUGUCAAAAAGAUGGAUAUUCCUCAGAAGUCACAACAAACGGCACAGCAGAAGGCAGGAGCACCUAAAAAACCAGAAAUAGCAUCAGUGAUAGCAGCCUACAGUGCCACAGGUCCAGAACAGUUGUCCUUACAACCAGGUCAGGUGAUACAAGUACGGAAGAAAAGUCCCAGUGGAUGGUGGGAAGGAGAGUUACAGGCUAGAGGGCAAAAGAAGAAAAUUGGAUGGUUUCCAGCAAAUUACGUCAAACUUUUGGGAGCCUCAGGAGGAUCUCGCUCAACACCUGAUAAUACUCUACAAGGUCAAAAACCAGAACAAGACCAACGUCUGACACCUACCCCAGCUGUAUCAGUUCCCAGUAUAUCUCCAGCAGUCACACCACAGCCAUCAUUUAUUGAGCAAGUGUUAGCUGUUUACCCAUACAUUGCACAACACGAGGAUGAAUUAACAUUCCAUAAAGAUUCUGUUAUAAAUGUUUUAAAUAAAGACGACCCGAACUGGUGGAAAGGGGAAGUUAACGGACAAGAAGGAAUGUUUCCAUCAAAUUAUGUAGGACCACUGACCACCUCACCUCCACAAGAUAAUACAUGGUCGAGUGAUCCAGCAGUACUGGCUACAACUUCACCAGAGGAAAGUAAACGACAGAAUCAUAUCCAUGAGUUGUUCAAAACAGAAGAAACAUACAUGAAUGAUAUGGAGAUUGUUUUGGAGGCAUUUUAUAACCCAAUGCGUGAAGCUGGAGUGAUGACAGAUGAAGAAUUAGAAUCAGUAUUUGUAAAUUGGACGGAACUUAUUUUAUGUAACACAAAACUCUCCAGAUCAUUACGAGUACGGAAGAAAAUGAUUGGAAAAGGCCAAGUAAUAACUAUGAUUGGAGACAUAUUAUGUGAAAAUCUACCACAUUUGACCCCUUAUAUCCGUUUCUGUAGUUGUCAACUUAGAGCAGCAGCGUUAAUUCAGCAUAAAACAGAGACUAGUCAGGAGUUCAGAGAGGUCCAAAAGAAAUGCACACAGAAUCCUCAAACUAAAUCCAUGCCAUUGAGUAGUUUCUUACUGAAACCAAUGCAGAGAAUAACUAAAUAUCCACUGAUGAUACAGAAGAUUUUACAAUAUACACCAGAAGGUCACCCUGACCAUCAGAACUUGAAGGAGGCUCUAACAAAAGCAGAGGAACUUUGUAGUCAAGUCAAUGAGGGUGUAAGGGAGAGGGAAAACUCAGACAAGUUAGAAUGGAUGCAAGGACAUAUAAAUUGUGAUGGACUUGUAGAGAAAAUAACAUUUAAUUCUGUAACAAACUGCCUUGGACCUAGAAAGAUAUUACACUCAGGAACACUUUAUAAGAUGAAGAGUAAUAAAGAAUUAGUAGGAGUUUUGUGCAAUGAUUUUCUAUUACUUAUCAGUCCUCUUAGUAGUAGUACAUCUAAGUUUGUCUUUGAUCCAAAGGAAAAGUCACAAUAUAAAAUGUACAAAACUCCGAUAUUUCUGAACGAGAUAAUGGUAAAAAGAAUCGGUGGUGAUGAUGAUAGUGAUUCCUGUCAAUUCCAAGUGUCCCAUAUAGACAGGGUGUACAACUUCAAGACAUCUAGUAACAAUGAAAGAGAAACCUGGUUUAAGCGUUUGGAUGCAGCUUCUAAGAAUUAUAUUGAAACAGAAAGAAAAAGACGAGAAAAAGUUCAUAGCUUAAUGAAACGAAGUGGUGGGGUUGGCCGUCUGCUGGUGUUGAUACAAGAAGGCUGUGACCUCCAACCUCGAGAUGCUAAUGGAAAGAGUGACCCCUAUUGUGAAGUAAGUAUGGGAGCCCAGGAACAUAAGACUAAAGUCAUACCAGCCACACUGAAUCCUAAGUGGAACCAAAACAUGCAGUUUACUAUCCGUGAUGUAGAUCAAGAUGUUUUAUGUAUAACUGUGUUUGAUAGAGACCUAUUUUCUCCAAAUGAUUUUCUGGGAAGAACAGAGAUCAGAGUGAAAGAAAUUUUACAAGAAUCAAAUGAAAAAAGAGGACCUAUUUCUAAACGACUUCUCCUACAUGAAAUAUCAUCUGGUGAAGUAGUAGUUAAACUAGAUCUACAAUUAUAUGAUGGUAUAAAUGAAGGAUGAACAAAGUGUAUAGAAAAUAUUGGAUACUGUGUGCGACAGAAUAACAACCCUUGGUGCUUGAAGGAAGAUAUAAUUGAAAGCCUUAAUUGGGACAAUUUCUUGGAUACUGUACAGAAUAAGAGCCCUUGGUGGUUGUAGAAUGAAAUUAAUGAAAACUGUUCUUUUUAUAUUUGGG